GAGCUGACACGACAGUUUGCCGCAUCUCCGACGAAGCAGCACAUUUGGCAGUCGCCCAUACUCCAUGUCAAAAACUUCGAGUCCUCACCGGCGCCGGUCAAGGUGGGCACUUUGUUCACGAGUAUGAACGAGUUGGCCGUGCACGCAGAUCCCAAUUCCGUUGCCUUCCC